AUGGUGAAGUGCAGUGCUCCUUUGUGCGGCAACGCAACUUAUAAGAAAACAGCUGAAAUUUCUUUCCAUCGGUUUCCAAAGGAUGAAAAUAUAAAACUUGCGUGGUUGAGCAACAUAAAGAGACCAGACUGGCAGCCCACAUCAGCUAGUGAGCCAUUCCAACAAUCUUUGAUCUGGUGCAAGACAUUAUGCCUACUUCAACAAUUACAAACGAAGGACAGAUUCUGCGAGAAAUUCAAAACAUACAGCAUGGUGUGUCUAGUACAGUCCCGAAUUACGAUGAAGACAAUCAUAGAAAAGAAGAAGAAA